UUUGCCAACAGAGAAUAUGGUGGGCGAGGUUAAUGUGAAGGAAAAAAUUUGGGAAUACUUAAUGAGUCGCGAGGUUGGAAUUAUUGGAGUUUGUGGAAUCGGUGGAGUUGGCAAAACCACUGUUAUGAAACACAUCCAUAAUGAAUUACUGAAUGAGGCUAAGGCUAUGGGGUUUAAGAAGGUUGUCUGGGUUACAGUAUCACAUCCUCUCAAUGUUUUCAGAUUGCAAGAUGACAUUGCUAGGGCAAUGGGCAAAAAUCCUUCAGAUUGGGGGGAUGAAUUGAACCGGGCAUCAAGACUGAUGAAGGCUAUGAAAAAAGUUAAAUAUGCACUGAUCUUAGAUGAUGUCUGGGAUAAAUUUACUCUUCACAGCAUUGGAAUCCCAGAACCAACAAUGGAAAAUGGGUGCAAAAUUGUUAUUACUAGUAGAUCCAUUGAUGUAUGCAACUACUUGAGAUGUCAGGUAGUUAAAGUGCCACCUCUACCAGAGCAAGAGUCUUUGCACUUGUUUUUAGAUAAGGUUGGGAGAGAUGUUCUACGAAUUCCCAGUUUGGAAGAGAUUUUGCAGCUUAUGGUGGCUGAAUGCGCUGGUUUGCCAUUGGCCAUUGUUGUCAUUGCAGGGAGCAUGAGAGGAGUAGAAGAUAUUUUUGAGUGGAGAAAUGCAUUACGUGAAUUGCGUCAAUGUGUGGUGGACACAGAGAAAGAUUCAGAAGAUCAGAUAUUUAAACGUUUGAAGUUCAGUUAUGACCGUCUACCAAAUUCAAGCAUCCAAGAGUGUUUCUUAUAUUGCUCAUUGCAUCCGGAAGAUUGGGAGAUUAGAAGAAAAGACCUAAUUGAAGCCUGGAUUUGUGAGGGAAUUGUUGAAAAAUUAGGAAGCAGAAGAGAAAUGCAUGAUAAAGGAAAUACCAUUUUAAGUAGACUUUUGAACUGUUGUUUGUUAGAGAAAGCCUAUAAUAAGGCGUGUGUUAAGAUGCAUGAUGUUGUGAGGGACAUGGCAUUGCGCAUCAAGAGCACGAGUCCUGGUAGGUUUAUGGUAAAAGCUGGAAUGAGAUUGGAAGAGAUACCGGAUGAGGAUGAAUGGAAUGAAGAUCUAGACAAGGUCUCCCUCAUGACAAAUCUAAUAUCAUAUAUCCCUCAAAAUAUGUCCCCCAAAUGCUUGUUGCUCUCAACCUUGAUUUUGGAGGGUAAUAAAGUAUUGGAACAAAUUUCAGAGUGUUUUUUUGCUAACAUGCCCCUGCUGAAGUUUCUUGAUCUUUCUAGAACUGGCAUUGAGGUUCUACCUAAUUCCAUAUGUAAAUUGGAAUAUCUCACUACACUGAUCCUCUGUGGAUGUGUGCGUUUAAAACGCAUGCCUUCCUUGUCAAAGCUUAAAGCACUGAAGAAGUUGGAUUUGGAUGGAGCAGGCCUUCGUGAGGCUCCUAAAGGCAUUGAAAUGUUAGAAAAUCUGGAAUAUCUUGAUUUAUCUUGUCCAGACCUAAGGGUGCUACCAGAAGGAAAAAUCAGUAAGCUCUUCCGCCUCCAAUACCUAUGUAAAAAUCCGAUUUUUUCAACUGAAAUAAGAGCAGAAGAAGUAGCAGGAUUGAAGAUGCUGGAAUGGUUUGAAGGUAGAUUUUAUUGGAUGAAAGACUACAGCAGUUUUGUUAGCAAGUUGAACCUUUUUGGAAGACUCAGUCACUACUCUCUUAUCGGAGUCGGAUUCAGAGACGUAUGCAGAGCGGAGGGAUAUUUUUGGAAGUUUGACAAUAAUGAUCUUCCUAAACGGGUAAUUUUAUCCAGGUUCGAUAUAGGAGAAGAAGAUGAGUUGGUCCUUCCAGAUGACCUUCAAGAUUUGAGGAUUGAACACUGCAGAGUGGCUGGUGAUAUUUCUAUUUUUCAGAAAGAUUUUACUCAAUUGCAAACAUGUGCUUUGAAAUAUUGCCAAGGGAUAGGGUGUGUGGUCUCUUUGUCAUCAUCUUCAUCUACUUCCUUGACAGUUAUGAAUAAUCUUGAAGUAUUAACUCUUGAGGGGAGCAAGCACCUGAAUGGAUUUCCUGAGUCAUCCAUUGAAUAUCAAUGUGGUCAAUUUGUGUCCACUUUCUAAUGCCCAGCCCAGGCUCCAUCUCUUACCAUCUCAAACCUAUUUCUUCAACUCAGCAACAUUUACAGCUGAGGAAAACAAAAAAAUUGGGACUCACACUCACUUCAAUCCAGUGCAAUCUCUGUUGUAAUUUGUUGUUUUGUGCUAUGGAUGAACUUUGUUUAAUUAAUGAUUGUUUAAGUAAUAUUUGUUUUAUUUUGUAUUGUAAUAAGCAGUAAAACAGACUUGAGAAAUUUCUUGUUUUAUGUUUUGUGACUGUUAACUAUAUCAACUUCAACAUCUUAAUUUCUUUAAUCACAUUAUUGUUCAACUCUUGUGGCAAUUGAACCCACAUAUAUAUAAGUAGGCCACAGCAGACACUAGCUAUGUAUGUAUACAAUUAUAUACAAUUAUAUGAAUUUCUCUCAUAUUUAUUUGACCUAUCAAUUUAGUUAAACUCUUUUGUGGAUAACUUGACAGUCUCUUAAUUAGUUGAUUCUAUUUUUCUCAUCCAAAUAUCAAGUGGUUUUAAAGGAUUUGAUAUUGUCUUUUCACCAAAGUGCUCCUCAAUUCAUCUUAUGGUUCUUAUUUGUUUAUCUAAAUGUCAUUACUAUGUUUUCUCUGUAUCACACAACCUAUUGAACCAUGUUGCAGGGCUCUUACAUACUGCUUCUCUGAAGCUGAGCUUUAGUGCUCAGCAUCUGACUUAAUGGAGUUUAUGUGAAUUGGAUAUAUAUGAGUUGGUAUAGUUGGCUUAUUGUUCAACUCUUGCAGCCGUUCAACCUAUACAUAGGCCAUAACAGACCCAAGGUAUGAAUUUCUUUCAUAUUUGAUAUAUUGAUUUUGUUAAAAACUUUCGUGGCUAACUUGAGCGUCUUAAGUUCCCUGGUAGAGCACACUUCUGCAGCCCUUCACCGUCUUUCCUCCUGCUUUCAGAUUGUGCUUUCUUCUGUACUAGCUGCCUCUACCUUCCUAUUCUACACUGUGAUUCAUGUGUGAUUAUGUGAAAGUGAAAGGAAUAGCAACUACUCACACAUUGCCUCUGCGGGAUCUUCACAUUCAUGAUUGCAAAGAGUAAUAGCAUAGAAAAAAGAGAAGGAAAUCAGACAAUGGAUGGAAGAGCUACAUUCACUCUUCUAAAAUUAACCUACUUUGGGACUUACAUGACAAAACAGAAUUGAAGAGAACCUGCUUGAGCAAUGGUUUGUUAUUCUCUUAACUUUCACAUUCUAAGUUAACUUCUUAAACUCAAUAACUUAUUUAAACUUGCGAGUACCAAUCCUGUUUUGUCAAUUUUUUAAUAUGCAUUGCUAAUUCAAAUCUCACUGAAGUUUUGGCACUAGCUGAAGCACUCUAAAUUUGUGCAAUUUACUUCUUUUUAGUAAAAUAGAGUGAUCCAUCAGUUGCUGUGUCAUGGUCCCAAUAAAUUGUUAAUUAAUUGCUUGCACUUUUCCAUCCAAGAUUAAUUGGUUUUAGAUUCUAUUUUAGAGGAUUUAAUAUUGUCUUUUCUCCAAUGUGAUCAUUAAUGGAUGUCAUGGCUGUUAUUUGUUAACUUGAUCAUUGGUACCAUGUUUUCUCCAUGUUGGCUGAGGGACUCUCUGACCUUAUGGCAGCAAGUUUGCUUGAAGAAUUGGCCAUUGGGGAUUUCUUUGUACAAGGAUGAGAUUAAUGGAGGUUAUAUGAAUGUAUAUGUAAGUUGGUAUAAAAAUUAGCCUUUUUAUUUUUCUGGUGCUUUGGGUAUGGUCUCAUUGGAUUACUGUCCUUUUGCUGUUGAAGUACCUGCCGGUUCCUCAAUAGGGUACAAUGUGGCUUUGCUGUGGAGUCGGAUCCUCUUAGAGUUGGCAGAAAGGAAUUAGCCUUUGUUUCAAUAAAUAUAAUUGAAAUAGAGGAGAGAGUUUUUGUCGGACUUAGCCUACAGUGGCCAUAAUUUCCUACUGAACUGCUUCAGAUAUCCACAAACAAAACCCAAGAUUUCUUCAUGUAAGGAGAGAGUUUUGCAGGCAGUAAGUUUUGGGGUUCUCUUUCAUACUUGCACAUAUGGUUAUGUAAAUGCUCUGUAAAUCAUCCCUGAAUCUUGCAGGCCACUAUGUACUACAACUUGUGGAGCAGGGUUUGUCUAUGAUCAACACAUGGACAUAAAAAUAUAAGUUUAUC